AUGUCUCAACAAGUUGGUAACAGUAUAAGAAGAAAGUUGGUGAUAGUAGGUGAUGGUGCCUGUGGUAAAACAUGUCUAUUGAUUGUCUUUUCUAAGGGACAAUUCCCAGAAGUCUAUGUUCCAACUGUUUUUGAAAAUUAUGUAGCAGAUGUCGAAGUCGAUGGUCGUCGUGUAGAAUUAGCUCUAUGGGAUACUGCGGGUCAAGAAGAUUAUGAUAGAUUAAGACCUUUAUCAUAUCCUGAUUCUAAUGUUGUUUUAAUUUGUUUCUCUAUUGAUUUACCUGAUUCCUUGGAGAACGUUCAAGAAAAAUGGAUUGCUGAAGUAUUACAUUUCUGUCAAGGUGUUCCAAUUAUCUUAGUUGGUUGUAAAGUUGAUUUAAGAAAUGAUCCACAAACCAUGGAAGGACUAAGACAAGAAGGCCAACAACCUGUGACAGCUGCAGAUGGUCAAUCUGUUGCUGAUCAGAUUGGCGCUACAGGAUAUUAUGAAUGUUCUGCUAAGACUGGUUACGGUGUUAGAGAAGUCUUUGAAGCUGCAACAAGAGCAUCUUUGAUGGGUAAGUCAAAGAAUAAUGGUAAGACUAAGAAGAAUUCUAAUCCAGAUAAGAAGAAGAAGAAGAAAUGUGUUCUAUUAUAA